ACACAUUUAAUGAACAUGGCGGACGAUCCCUGGGUUUGGACGCUAGACGAACUUGUUAACAGACUGUGUCACUCGAAGACUGUGUUCCUGGCUGCAGGCUGCGAAGAUGCCAGCAUACCUGAUUCAGCAGCACUUGAACGUCAAUUUCGAAGUCAGAACAUCACAGGCGCCACGUUUCUUGACGCGCUGCAUCGUCCGGAGAUACGACAUGGGUUCACGGUCCACAACCUAGACCAACGGUUGGCGAUAACAUCGGUAAUUGGUUUCCUUCAAAGUCAAUCUUGUGCAUACAAGCAGAAGAAUGCUACGGGUACUCGGACUCUCGGCGAUCUUGACAACAUUGAUAUGAAUGGACGCAAGCGCCAGAAAUUGACGAACGUGGGUUCUGCCGCUCUGCCCGUCAUUCGACAAGAUCCACAACAUGCAGUGCCUGGAACGGGAGACUGGGACCAUCUAUUACAAUGGGAACAGGUGGACAAUGGCGACGAAACAAUAGAGGAUUUGGAGGAAGAAGACGAUACGGGUGAUGAAGACGACGAAGACGCUGAGGCCCCUCUAGAAGACGCUCAUAGACGCGGACUGAACGACAGGCACGAUGAAGCACACGACCGAAGCAAGAUAAGUCACGAUCAGAUUGUCGAAAUCAUAAACGAACGUAUCGAGAACUACACGGCAUCCUGGAGGCCCGACAAAGAAAAGGACACUACAUAUGAUCCAGUAGCCAUGUGGGAAAAAGCGAACGCAGCAGGUCAACUUCAAGAAUUUGUGAAAAAGUAUGAGAACGACAUGGCCUAUUACGAACAACGUCUUAACACACUCUGUGACGAGAUCCUGAAGUUUCCUGGGAAUAACGUAGUCACUGUGCGCCUUCAAUGUCGAAACCUCGAGGGUACUGUUGAGUCGUUGGAAUUGGCGACAUGGCUUCGUGAUAUCUACCAACUGCAUCCUGUCGAUGACAGCGAAGAGGAACUAAGUCCAGAUUCAAGUUCAAGUCCUAGCAUCCAUCGCGAUGCAACCGGGUCGAUGUCACAACCAACAUUACUUACACAUCGACCACAACCACAACUCUCCGGGGAGAUUAUCGAUCUUGGCUCACCAUCGGAAUCAUCCGAUAAUGAUCAAGAUGACGAUGUGCCCGUUGAUACUUCUACAGACCCUGGAGUAGACGUCGACAGACACCAGUCGACUUCUCCUCGCCGAUUUUAUACCCCGGAUUCCGUCAUCGUUGAUACAGUUGAACCUUCCACGCACGUCCGAUCAGAGAUUCUCACACACACUCAGCCCAGGCCUCCUUUGAUAGUUGACGCUGCCGUCUCAUUUCCCCCGCAAGAAUUUAUUGGCGAUGAACCGGAGCACUCAUCGAUUGGAACAGUACGUGGCUGGAAAUGGACGGAUCUCAUCAACACUCAAGACCGAAAAAGGAUCGUUUCGAAGGCUGUCCUGGAGCUAAACUCAGAAAACCGUGAGAUGAUACGCACGCGACUCAAGUUUGUUGGCAAAGUCAGCCUAACAAAAGAGAUCAACGCCUGCAUUGCAAUGAUGGCGAAAAAGGAAACAAGAAUGCAAGGCGUGCUACCGAGAGAUCUUCCAAAAAUCUUGGUUUUCACUAGAUUGUUUCUGUCUUGGUGGCUGUCUCAAAGAUUCUCCACAGCGGAACCGUCAAACUCGGAUCUCGAAGAACUUUCGCAGUGCCUGGAAAGAGGAAGAGCCCCAGAUUUGAGUGUGUUUUGCGACUACCUCGCCAUCAUCAUGGCGACAACAUUUAGUCUGGAGGCGUUGAAACACCCUGAACGGCCCUCGCAGAGGGAAGUCAUCAAUUUGAUCUCCGAUGAUGAAGAUGAUACACACAGGCCAAAGAAAGCUUCAGUUUUACGAGCCAACUCUCCUAUCGUCCUCGACUGA